CUUCUGUUUUUCUGCAAUCUGAAGCUACCCCACCUCUGUUUUGCACUUCUUACAACUUGGUGACGACUUUAGUGCUUAAAGGAACACCUUUUGUAUUUCAUAUUGAGUCCUCCGAGGUGCGGCCUACUUGGUGUCGAAUUAGCUCGACAGGUCACUCAAUAGUUUUCCGCAGAGUAUGCCCUGUUUUAAAACACUCAAACCUAUGGCUAAAGUAGCUCUCACCCUUUGCUUCCUACUUUUGUCCCACAUUUCAGUGGGAACUUUGGUGUUAGCAAAUCAACAGAAAACUUGGUGUGUAGCUAAACCUUCAUCAGAUCAGAAAACAUUACAAGAAAACAUAAAUUAUGCAUGUUCUCAGGUUGAUUGUAGGAUCUUGCAAAAGGGUUGUCCUUGUUCUUCCCCAGAUAAUCUCAUGAACCAUGCUUCUAUUGUUAUGAACCUUUAUUACCAAGCUAAGGGAAGGAAUUAUUGGAAUUGCCACUUUGGUAAUUCUGCCCUCAUUGUUUUGACUGAUCCAAGUUAUGGCAGCUGUAUUUAUGAAUGAAGACAUCAUUAGGAUAAACAGCUAAAUGUGGAUGCCAUUUUUUUUAUCCUUUUUCUUUUUUUGGUUGACUAAUUAUUUAAGAAUAUUAUUAGUAACAUAUAAUAUGUCACUCUAUGGAGUUCUCAAAAUAUAGUCCUGUACAAUAACCUUUAAUUUCAAUAAGUCCUUAUAUAAGUGGUGCCAAAGAUCUUGUGUGAAACUUUUAUUCCCUUGGGGAUUUGUAUUCUGCUUCAGCUGAAUUAUAAAUAAGCAAAAAUGCCACUUUACUUCAAAA